AUGCGGAUCGUCACUCCAAACUUCAUUUCGAUUUCAUGUAUGCCCAUUAAUCACAUUCAACGGAUAAUAAGUUAAUAACUAUAGUUCUUUGCCACCAACAAUUCUAAUGUCGUGUUUGUAUUGAUUAGGCAAGGGUUUCGUUAUUCGGGAUUGCAAUUACUCACUGAUGAGGCGUAAUUUUACUCAAACUCAUAUAAAUUUAUUGAUUCUGAUUCUUUUCUUCUAUGGGACUUUGAGAAUUAAUAUCAUUGUAUUAAGAAUGAUGAGUUAUUUCGUGAAUUAAGAUGAAUGAUGAAUAAGCUGAGUUGAUAGUUGAGACAAAAUUGAAUUUAUCAUAUCCGUGGUUCAAUUUGCUUCUCAAAGUUGUAUUGAUUUUUGCGGUUGCAGCUCCAAAUGUUGAGUGACCUAUCCAACUCAGGGUUAGACCAAGCAUAAAUUUCAGAAUCAAAUAGACGAUUAGUUAAUGAAUGAUUGUCUAGUAUGAUAUAUUGAAGGAAAUUCGUCAAGGUUAUGAAACGAUGGCUACUUUUUAAGUUACCGUUCUAACAUAGAUAGAUACAAAUAUGAAACUUACAUAUGGUAGUUGUUAUUUGAUAAGUGAAAUGUUAUUACCAUCUAUGCCUCACCCCUGCUGCCUGGAUCUAAUCUAGGUUCAGCCGGGAUACAUUUCUAGAACCAAUGUAGCAGCAAGUAAUAAUCCUUGAGUUUUAAUUAAUUAGCUAGUUGCAAUUAAUCAAGAAGAGGUUAUUACGAUGAUAAGGGGGAAGUCAUUAUCGUGUGCAUGCCGGCUGCCGCAAUCCCUACUCCCUCGUGCGUUGUGUAUCUUCAUCGAGACUCGCUACACAAUAUAAUUAACCGCUCUGAACACGAACCUGAAUCUCGUAUCACCAUGCAUUAAUUAAUUACGCAGGCAGCAUCGAUAUUGAUCAGAAUUCAGAUCUUCCUCCAGGCCACUGAGUACUAAUGAUACAUAUAUGUGUUCAGGGCCUCCACAUGUCCCCCCUGUAACUACACCGCUGGCGGCCUGUUAUUGAAAUGCUUGCCCGUGUAAGAAAGUGGUUAAGUACCAUACAUGGACAUGUAUAAGAUCCAACAUAACAUUCUCCCAACAACUCGAGUUAUUGGGAUCGACUGGUUUAUGACAUGGUUCCCAACAACUCGAGUUAUUGGGAUCGACUGGUUUAUGACAUGGUUUCAGAGCUGGUUUGUCCGUGAGGUCAGUGGCGGAGCCACAGCCACCCAAGGUAGGUCGGCUGCACCCCCUUGGGCUGGCAAAGCCCAGCUAAAAAAUAUAGCUAUACUCCUGCUGUAUUGAAGUUUCGAACUGGUGACCUCCCUUAAUCCACAAACAGCUUCAGCCAUCACGCCACUUGCUCCUUGUCGUGUCAUUUUAGCAUUUAAUUUAUUUUAUACUUCUGCAACUUGGGCUGGCAAGGCCCAGCUAAAAAAUACAGCUAUACUCCUGCUGGAAUGAAGUUUCGAACAGGUGACCUCCCUUAAUCCGCAAACACCUUUAGCCAUCACGCCACUUGCUCCUUGUCGUAUCAUUUUAGCAUUUAACUUAUUUUAUACUUCUGUAACUUGUUAGUUUACUUAAAUUUAAAUGACCUCGUCUAUUUCCCCAUUCCAACCCUAAUUCUCCUACUGCACUUUCCGCUUCCUCUUCCCUCUCCCCUGUACGAAGUCGGCCCUCUCCCCUGUACGAAGGAAUCUCUUCCCAUUGUCAACAUGGAUGAUGUAUACUUUCCACUUGGGAGACCAAGGAGAAAUGCUCAGCAAAUCACCAAUCUCCAUCACUACAAGGUUGAGUUAUUUUAUACAGCCGUGGAUAUGCAGUUACAAGAGCUAAAUACUCGCUUUGAUGAGAUAAACACAGAUUUGCUAUGUUGUGUGGCAUGCUUAAAUCCAGACGAUUUGUUUGUCGACUAUGACAAGGACAAGUUGGUGAAACUUGCUACUUUUUAUCCUACUGAGUUCUCCAAAGAUGAUAUUUUACAUCUUGGUCUUCAUCAACUUGAUGCUUAUAUAUAUGAUAUGAAGACAGUUCAGAGGUUUGCAGGAUUAAAGGGAAUUGCUGAACUUUCUAGAGAAAUGGUUGCAUCAAAGAAACAUCGGGUGUUUCCAUUAGUCUAUAGACUUCUGAAAUUGGCAUUGUUGCUUCCUGUUGCCACAGCAAGCGUUGAAAGAGCAUUUUCUGCAAUGAACUAUGUGAAGAACACACUUCGCAAUAGAAUGAGUGAUGAUGUCAUGAAUGAUUUUUUGGUUGGCUACAUUGAGAGUGACAUCCUUGAUAGUUUGGAUGAUGAAUGUAUUUUAGAUACUUUUCAGACUAUGAAAACACGUCGUGGUUCAUUGUAAAAAAUUAAUAUAAGUUAUGUUUUUUUUUUGCACCACCUUGGCAUAAUUCCUGGCUACGCCACUGCGUGAGGUCAAGUGUUAAGUCCUCACGACUCCCAAUGUUAACCGUUGUCUUUCAAGCACAUGGUAUGGCGGGCAUGUGCAACCUUCAAGCCCAUGAGUCGGCUUUCGUUUGAGGGGACGUGUAAGAAAGUGGUUAAGUACCAUAGAUGGACUUGUAUAAGAUCCUGGUUUAUGACACCCCAAACUUGGAAUCACGUACUAAUGAGAUUUAGGUAAUGUUAGUUUGUGUAAUAAACCAGUUAGUCAUGAGUUUGGUAGAUGAUUGAUUAUGGAUCUUAUAUCACCGUUUUACAGUUUGGUAGAUGAACAUUGAUUUGAGAAAUGGUUGUAUUCGAUACGAAUUACGUACGAGAACUGUGUUCGGUCGGGCCAGUAUGGAUGGUAUUAGAUACUAUCUUGCCAUCAAAAUCAACUUAUAGUUUGUACAAACUCUUUAUACAAUUAAUAUGUUUAAAUCAAGAUUUCGGAUGUAAUUCUUAUCGUCAUGUAGCCACUGAUAUUAUGUCGAGAAACAAUGUCUCGUCUCAAAUUCUCAAUAGCUCGAGUACUUUAUCGUGAAUGAUGUAUAAAAAGUCAAACACGUUAUUACAUAUUUAUUAUACACACAAAACUACUAUUAUUGUCAUUUACUAAAUUGUCAUCAGUCUGUUAGCUAGGGAUAGCUAGCUAUGCAAACUCGCAGCAGAACAUUUCGAUCAUUUUAUAUACGAAGAUCAAACCCUAGUUCAUUGUUUCGCUAUUAGUGUUCAUGGUAAUUUAUCACGAAAGUAAUUUGGUACGUAUAUUUUUUUUAAUGUUUUAUUGAUCAUAAAUCAUAAUUCAGGAAGAGUGAGAGACGAUCGGUCAAUGAGAAUCUCUGUCAACGCGGUGUAGAAAUCCUUCCCGCGUUGGGGCUGCCAUGCCACCUAUUCAUUGGCAGAUCGAGCGAGCCCUAUUUCUAUUUGCAUGUAAUCAAACAGAAAAGCUAGCUAGCUAGCUAGCCGCGUGGUUUCGUCCUUUGUCACUGACAAUCCCAUGUUGGGAAUUCAGUGCACACGAUGGUGUGUCUGUGACCAUAAUUAAGCCUUCCUGCUGCGACUGUAAUUAACUACCUACUCCUUAAAUGAUUGGCCGAUGUUAAUUAGUUUAGUAUUAAUCCCACAUGUAAAUGACAAACGAGUAAUCGGCGUCCAUAUGGUUCUUGGUUGUUUGCCUCCUGUGUGCCUUCUGAUCCUGACCAUCCACCUGUGUUAUGCACUUAUAACUUUGCUCUUGCCAGAACUUUGAUCAAUUUGCAUGUUGACCUACGAGUUGGAAAUGUUACGGCGCCGGUUGAUACGCAUAUUAUGGGGUUUGUUAGUGUUUAGUGGUAACGGUAUUUUGUUAGUGCUAAUUAGUAAUUAGUCGAUUAGGGUUUUCGCUCGCGUCCAUGCAUGUAUAUUUAUAUUUCUGCUUGUUAAUUCUAAGGCGGGCUAUUUGUUCCAGGUUUUUUGGUUUCACCCGAAACUAGACAGUAUAAUUCGGACCGAGAUCAGAUCCGGACCGGAUAGCAAACAAUCCAAUCCAAUCCAAUCUUGGGCCUAGAUUUGAGGUAAAACAUUGUAUGAGACCGGACCAAAAACCGGAUAAAGAUCGGAUAAAAGA